AUGAGCAAAGUGAUUCAGCCGUGUGUUGGUCACAAUGUGGUUCAGUGGCUCUCUAGAAGUGGUCGUCGUGUGGCUUCUCUGUGGCAUUUGCAUUUGAGUACUGGUUGUGCGGGAUAAACAACCACCUGACGGAUGCUUUUCAUCAGUUUCCAGCUACAUUCCGUGCGGUAGAGACGUUUUAAUCUGUGAUCUCUCAAAGUGCGGUGUGUGAUCUUUCUUAUCAGCCUCCUCCUUUGCACGAAUUCCACACACAAAUCCCUCAAGAUGAGUGAGACCUUCGUUGUAAUUCCUCAAGAAUCUGACUUUACGUACGAGAAUCUCCCAUAUGGAGUCUUUUCUAGGGCUGGUCAGGAUAAAACUCAAAUUGGAGUGGCUAUUGGUGGAGAAAUUCUGGAUUUAUCAGCUGUUGCUCAUCUGUUUGACGUUUCUUAUCAGAAUGCCCUCCGAGCAGCGAAUCUCAAUCCCCUCAUGAAACUCGGCUACGACGCAUGGGCAGCAGUUAGAGCACGAACCAUUCAGUUAUUGGCGCGAAAUUCUGAAUUGGACAGGGAUGAAACGCUCAAGAGAGGGGCUUUCGUAUCCCAGGGAAGCGUCAAGAUGCACCUUCCGGCAACAAUUGGUGACUACACGGACUUUUAUUCUUCCAUCCAUCAUGCAACAAAUGUGGGAGUGAUGUUCCGUGGCCGUGAGAACGCACUCAUGCCCAACUGGAAGCACCUCCCGGUUGGCUAUCAUGGCCGAGCUAGCUCAGUUGUGGUUUCAGGAACACCCAUUCGUCGUCCAUUGGGACAAACUCUUCCAGUUGAUGGUGCUGAUCCUGUUUUUGGGCCAUGUAGACUAUUGGAUUUCGAAUUGGAAAUGGCAUUCUUCAUUGGAGGCCCAGAGACGCAACUUGGGGAACGUGUUAGCGUCACUGAGAGUCGCAAGAGAAUCUUUGGGUUUACCGUCAUGAAUGACUGGAGUGCCAGGGAUAUCCAAAAGUGGGAGUAUGUACCUCUUGGGCCGUUCACAGCAAAGAAUCUCGGAACAACCAUCUCCCCAUGGGUUGUUACUGUGGCUGCACUGGAGCCAUUCAUCGUGGAUAAUUUCCCGCAGGAUCCCAAACCCUUCCCGUACCUCCAGCAUGAGGAGAAUUUCAAUUUUGACAUCAAACUCGAGGUGGACAUUAAGCCAAAAGGUGCUGUGCGUGGGACAACGGUGUGUCGCUCAAAUUAUCGCCACCUCUACUGGACAGCUCUACAGCAGGUGGCUCAUCACACAGUGACCGGAUGCAAUCUCCGUCCAGGUGAUUUGAUGGCAUCCGGAACUAUUAGUGGGGAUACAGCGGACUCCUUUGGCUCCCUCCUGGAGCUGUGCUGGAAGGGCACAAAGACCAUCCCACUGUCGGGCGGAGAAACCAGAAAAUUCCUCCAGGAUGGGGAUGAGGUUAUAAUUAGGGGCUACUGCGAGAAGGAUGGCAAAAGAAUUGGUUUUGGAUCGUGUUCAGGAGUUGUCUUACCUGCUACUCCAUUUUAAUUUUUUUUUAACAAUUUUGACGAAUAAAUUUGAAAUAAAUAUGUUUUUGCAAUUUAUUUUAAA